AUGGCAGACGAUGAUAGCUUCUAGAAUGGAGUCAAUAUUUUAAAUGACGAAGAAGAUGAUUAAAUUUAAAUGAGUAGUAGCAAGCCUGGCAAAAGAGGUGUAAAGAAGAAGGGUCUUCUCAAGGAUGAUAUACAUAAAAUGAUGGUCGGUUUUGGAGAAUGUGAAGAGCCUAGGGAUGAUACCAUGGAGCUUAUGGAGUUAUAUGUGAUUGAGUUUAUCACAAACAUUUCUAAAAGAGCUUAGCAGAGAAGUUAAAGAGGAGGCUUCACAAACAUCUAACUGAGGGACUUGUUAAAAGUGAUAGAAGAUGAUGAAAAAAAGUUCUUGAGAGUACCAUAUUUAUUGACAGGUAUACAAAGCAUGGACAUUAAGUAAAUUCAGAGAGAAAUGGAUCCUACAAUCGGCAACAAUGCUAAUAAAGGGCUUCUAAAUGCUUGA